CUGGCUAAAGACCUGCUGCAUCCCUCCGCGGAGGACGAGAAGAGCAAGCACAAAAAGAAACGUCUUGUGCAGAGCCCAAACUCCUACUUCAUGGAUGUAAAAUGUCCAGGGAAAUAUUUGGGAUGAUGCUACAAGAUCACCACUGUAUUCAGCCAUGCUCAGACAGUAGUUCUCUGCGUAGGGUGCUCAACUGUCCUGUGUCAGCCUACUGGGGGGAAAGCCAGGCUCACAGAAGGCUGUUCAUUUAGAAGAAAGCAACACUGA